AAAGGGUGGGCUCACCUGUUUAUAUAAGUUAGGCUAACUUUUACUCGAAACCUCUAGAACCCAGGACGCAUUUAUUUUCGACAACACCGCGAUUUUUUUUUAUAAAUAUGAAGACCGAAACGCUCACAUUUUUGCUUGGACUUUUAUGCUUGAGCGUAUUUUCUCCGUUACACUGUGAGCCAAAGGGACCAAUUCCUGAAGAUAAACUCCUAAUAUUAACUGUAGCUACAAAAGAAAGCGAUGGAUUUAAGCGGUUUAUGAGAUCUGCACGGCAGUUUAACUACACAAUUAAGGUUCUUGGCAGGGGUGAGAAAUGGACCGGUGGGGACUACAUGUCUGCGCCAGGAGGAGGACAGAAAGUGCGACUUUUGAAGUCUGCUUUGGAUAGCGUAAAGGAGAAGGACAAAAUCAUCCUCUUUGUAGACAGCUAUGACGUGAUCUUCUCUUCGGGCCCAAAAGAACUGCUGAAGAAGUUCCAGCAGACCAAGCACAAGGUGGUCUUCUCUGCCGAGACCCUCAUCUGGCCGGACCGCCAUCUGGAAGACAAGCACCCACAUGUCAGGGAAGGGAAGAGGUUUCUCGGAGCAGGAGGCUUCAUCGGCUAUGCCCAAAACAUUAAAAAUAUGGUCUCUGAUUGGUCAGGGAAAGAUGACGACAGUGACCAGCUUUUUUAUACCAAACUAUACAUCAACACUGAGAAGCGGAAAUCCAUAAAUAUAACUCUCGAUAGCAAGUGCAGAUUGUUCCAGAACCUGUACGGAGCUCUAGAUGAAGUGGUGCUCAAGUUUGAGAAUGGAAGAGCGAGGGCCAGAAAUGUGCUCUAUGACACUCUACCUGUUAUCGUCCAUGGAAAUGGGCCUACAAAGCUUCAGGUAAAUUACCUUGGCAACUACAUCCCAAGGGUUUGGACCUUCGAGACAGGCUGUACGGUUUGCCAAGAGGACUUGCGGCCUCUCUCGGGACUCAAGGAGAGCGAGUAUCCCAGCGUGGUCAUCGGCAUCUUUAUUCAACAGCCCACUCCAUUCCUAACGGUCUUCUUCGAGCGUCUUCUCCGUCUCCAGUACCCCAAAAAUCGCCUUCAACUCUUCAUCUCCAACCAGGAGCCCCAUCACGAGCAGCACGUCCACGCUUUUCUACAGAAUCAUGAGGCGGAAUAUCAGGCUGUAAAGCUGAUCGGGCCCAACGAGGGUGUUGACCACGUUACCUCACGCAAUAUAGGCUUUGACAUGUGUCGAGAUGAUAUCGAGUGCGAAUACUUCUUCAGUAUGGACGCAGAUGUGGUUCUGAAGAACGAAGACAUGCUUAAGAUACUAAUUGAGUUAAAUAAACCAUUCAUAGCGCCAAUGAUGAGCAAGCCCGGUCGGCUGUGGUCUAAUUUCUGGGGAGCUCUUAGUGCUGAUGGUUACUACGCUAGGUCUGAGGAUUAUGUGGACAUUGUUCAGGGUCGCAGAGUGGGUAUCUGGAACGUUCCAUACGUGUCUCAGGUGUACCUGUUGAGAGCCGACAUUCUGAGGAACGAAUUAAAGGCUCCGGAUCUCUUCCAGUCGGCAAGCCUCGACCCAGAUAUGGCCUUCUGCUCCAGAGUGCGGGACCAGGGAGUCUUCAUGUUCGUAACAAAUAUGCAUACGUACGGCCGAAUCCUGAAUACGGAAAACUACCAGACGAAUCACCUUCACAACGAUCUCUGGCAGAUCUUUGAUAACCCUGAGGACUGGAAAGAGCGAUACAUUCAUCCAAAUUACUCAAGAACUUUGAACGACAAUCUAAUUGAAACGCCGUGCCCUGAUGUAUACUGGUUUCCUAUUUUCACCAAUGUGGCUUGUGAUCAAAUUAUUGAAGAAAUGGAAAAUUUUGGCCAGUGGUCAGGAGGUGGCAAUGUGGACACACGGAUCCAGGGUGGCUACGAGAACGUCCCCACUAUUGAUAUUCACAUGAAUCAGAUCAACUUUGAAAAAGAGUGGCAUAAGUUCCUCUUGGAAUAUAUUGCACCAGUGACGGAGAAAAUGUUUCCUGGGUAUUACACAAAGUGUACCUCCUACCUGAACUUUGUAGUGAGGUAUAAGCCUGACGAGCAGCCCCUGCUCACCCCGCAUCAUGACGCCUCUACUUUUACUAUUAAUAUAGCACUCAACAGCAAAGACGUUGAUUAUCAGGCUCAGUUUGACUUGGCGUUUGUAGUUAGGUAUAAACCCGAUGAACAGCCGUCGUUAAGGCCUCAUCAUGACGCCUCUACUUUUACUAUAAAUCUUGCCCUCAAUCAAGUGGGGAUUGACUUUGAGGGUGGCGGCUGUCGGUUCCUCAGGUACGACUGCUCCAUACAGGCUCCAAGGAAGGGCUGGGCCCUCAUGCACCCUGGCCGUUUAACACACUACCAUGAAGGUCUACCCACAACAGCUGGUGUCAGAUACAUUGCUGUCUCAUUUGUGGACCCAUAAUUCGUAAAUCUUUAAAGGAAAUCCAUGUUACAGUCACUUUCUUUAGUCCAAGACAUCCAGUGUGAAAGCUGAGACAGGACUGUCAGAAAGACAAUCAAUGUAACUGUGUUGAAAAUAAUUAAAACUGUGCCUUUCAUUUGUUGUAAAAGUUAUACUGUACUACCACAUCUGUAAUUCAAAGGCUAAAAUAGUUUACUUUGAAUGCAGAUUAUUUUUGUUUAUUUAUUGAUCAUUUUUUUAAAGCAGUCACUCCAUUCAUCUGGUAUGUUUUUUUUUUUAACAAAUUGGCCUGGGAUAACAGAAUUAUACACUCUUUUUUUUCUUGAUACGUUUCCCGGGGAAACAGUGCUACUGUUUAGAUGAGGCUGAUGUAUAUGUUGUGUUUUGUCUCUUUUAAUUCAUUGUUUAAUGGUAAAACAUCCAUUUUUUAUUUACAAAACAAUAAAAAGUGACUGUUUUCUUUA